AUGAGUGAAGGCGCGGCCGCUGCCUCGCCACUUGGUGCCGCUUCGGCAGCCGCCGCCUCAGCUGAGGAGAGCACCGCGGCGGCGGCGGCGGCGGCGGCGGCGGGCGGGGGCCCGGACGGCGGCGGCGGCGGCGAAGGGGCGGCCGAGCCCCCCCGGGAGUUACGCUGUAGCGACUGCAUCGUGUGGAACCGGCAGCAGACGUGGCUGUGCGUGGUGCCUCUGUUCAUCGGCUUCAUCGGCCUGGGGCUCAGCCUCAUGCUCCUCAAAUGGAUCGUGGUGGGCUCCGUCCAGGAGUACGUGCCCACAGACCUGGUGGACUCCAAGGGGAUGGGCCAGGACCCCUUCUUCCUCUCCAAGCCCAGCUCCUUCCCCAAGGCCAUGGAGACCACCACCACCACCACCACCACGUCCACCGCGUCCCCCGCCACCCCCUCCGCCGGCGGCGCCACCUCUUCCAGGACGCCCAACCGGAUCAGCACCCGCUUGACCACCAUCACGCGGGCGCCCACUCGCUUCCCGGGCCACCGGGUGCCCAUCCGGGCCAGCCCUCGCUCCACCACGGCGCGGGGCACCGCGGCGCCCCCGACGGCCCUGUCCAGCACGGCCCCUUUCUUCAGUAGCAGCGCGCCGGGCUCUGGACCCCCGGUGCCGGGAGCCCCGAGCACCCAGGCCAUGCCCUCCUGGCCCACUGCGGCAUACGCUACCUCCUCCUACCUUCACGAUUCUACUCCCGCCUGGACGCUGUCUCCCUUCCAGGAUGCUGUCUCCUCGUCGUCCACCACCACCACGGCCGCCGCCGCCACCACCACCACCACCACACCAGAAACCAGCACCAGCCCCAAAUUCCACACGACGACAUACUCCACUGAGCGGUCGGAGCACUUCAAGCCCUGCCGAGACAAGGACCUUGCAUACUGUCUCAAUGAUGGCGAGUGCUUUGUGAUCGAAACCCUGACCGGAUCCCAUAAACACUGUCGGUGCAAAGAAGGCUACCAGGGAGUCCGUUGCGAUCAAUUUCUGCCGAAAACUGACUCCAUCUUAUCGGAUCCAACAGACCACUUGGGGAUUGAAUUCAUGGAGAGUGAAGAAGUUUAUCAAAGGCAGGUGCUGUCAAUUUCAUGUAUCAUCUUUGGAAUUGUCAUCGUGGGCAUGUUCUGUGCAGCAUUCUACUUCAAAAGCAAGAAACAAGCUAAACAAAUCCAAGAGCAGCUGAAAGAGCCACAAAAUGGUAAAAAUUACAGUCUCAAAGCAUCCAGCACAAUGUCAAAGUCAGAGAGCUUGAUGAAGAACCACGUGCAGCUGCAAAACUAUUCAAAGGCAGAAAGGCAUCCUGUGACGGCGUUGGAGAAAAUGAUGGAGUCAAGUUUUGCCGGCCCCCAGUCCUUCCCUGACACCCCUUCUCCUGACAGAGGAAGCCAAUCUAUCAAACACCACAGGAGUCUCUCCUCAUGCUGCAGUCCAGGGCCAAGGAGUGGGAUGCUCCACAGGAAUGCCUUCAGAAGGACCCCACCCUCACCCCGCAGGAGACUGGGUGGGAUGAUGGGACCAGCGUAUCAGCAGCUGGAGGAAUCAAGGAUCCCAGACCAGGAUACGAUCUCUUGCCAAGGGAUAGAGGUCAGGAAGACUAUAUCCCACCUGCCUUUACAGCUGUGGUGUGUUGAAAGACCCCUGGACUUAAAGUAUUCAUCCAAUGGUUUAAAAACCCAACAAAAUGCAUCAAUAAAUAUGCAACUGCCUUCCAGAGAGACAAAUCCCUAUUUUAAUAGCUUGGAUCAAAAGGACCUGCUGGGAUAUUCAUCUACCAGGGCCAGUUCUGUGCCCAUCAUCCCUUCGGUGGGUCUAGAAGACACCUGCAUGCAAAUGCCAGGGGUUUCUGAAGUCAAAAGCAUCAAAUGGUGCAAAAACUCCUACUCUGCUGACAUUGUCAACGUGAGUAUUCCAGUCAACGAUUGUCUUAUAGCAGAACAACAGGAAGUGAAAAUAUUGCUGGAAACUGUCCAAGAGCAGAUCCGAAUUCUGACUGAUGCCAGACGGUCAGAAGACUACGAACUGGCCAGCGUAGAGACGGAGGACAGUGCGAGCGAAAACACAGCCUUUCUCCCCCUGAGUCCCACGGCCAAAUCAGAACGAGAGGCACAAUUUGUCUUAAGAAAUGAAAUACAAAGAGACUCUGCAUUGACCAAGUGA